AUGGGAGAAGUUGUACCGGAAAAUGAAAUAUCGCAGUACACAAGAGAUAAAGUGAGUUGAACACGUGGAACAGCUAUCGAUUUAUUGUGUUUUACAGGCCAGCCGUACGCGAAUUUCUAUUGAAUCCUACUAUUCAAAGCAGGUCACACAAUGUUCGGAACGAGAGAAUCGUGUCAAGAAACUGGAGGAGGACAUGUCAGCAAGAGGUGAGCAGACUACAAGAAAAAGGUAGAAAACAACAGGCAUUCAGGUCUGAGUGACGACGAAAAGGAAGAAAAACGAAAGGUUCAUUACUCGAAGGAAACCGAUUAUCUUCGUCUCAAAAGGACUCGUCUGACCGUGAACGACUUUGAAAGUCUGAAAGUGAUAGGAAGAGGAGCGUUCGGAGAGGUUUGUCGUGACCACUCCCAAAUCUUUUUUCAUGCGUUUCUUUUGUAUUCAGGUCCGUCUUGUCCAAAAGCACGACACGGGUCACAUCUAUGCGAUGAAGAUUCUUCGAAAGAGUGAAAUGGUCGAGAAGGAGCAGACAGCGCACGUGCGUGCCGAACGGGAUAUUCUGUCGGAGGCGGAUUGUGAUUGGGUCGUCAAGAUGUACUACUCGUUCCAAGAUUACUCUAAUCUCUAUUUGGUCAUGGAGUUUCUGCCGGGAGGUGUGGACAGACCGAAUGGAUUGAAGGGAAAUGACUCGUUUCAGGUGAUAUGAUGACUCUUCUUAUUAAAAAGGAUACUCUGACCGAGGACGCCACUCAGUUCUACAUUGCCGAGGCAGCCCUUGCCAUCCAAUUCAUCCACAACCUCGGAUUCAUUCACAGAGACAUCAAACCAGACAACUUGCUUCUUGAUGCCAGAGUCAGUGUUACAUUUCUCCUCUGACCUAAAUCGCGAACUUUUAGGGUCAUGUCAAGCUGUCGGAUUUCGGCCUGUGUACUGGACUGAAAAAGUUCCACCGUACCGAUCACUAUCGCAACUGGCCGUCCACUCUUCCGCCGGAUUUUAUCUCGAAACCGUUUGAAUCGAAAAGAAAAGCGGAGACUUGGAAGAGAAACCGACGUGCAUACGUAAGAAAGAAAGAAGGUAGACUGACAAAACAGAAUGAGGGUUUGCAGGCGUACUCGACAGUCGGAACUCCCGAUUACAUUGCUCCUGAGGUGUUUCAGCCAAAUGGAUACACAAAAAGCUGUGACUGGUGGAGUCUUGGAGUCAUCAUGUACGAGAUGCUCAUCGGUUAUCCGCCGUUCUGCUCUGAACUUCCUCAGGAAACUUACCGGAAGGUGAUAAACUGGCAGCAAACUCUAGUCUUCCCGUCUGACGUUCCCAUUAGCAUUGAGGCGAAAGCUGUAAGCAUAUAAACCUUUAUUGCCACUAAAUAUUUUCAAUUAUAGACUAUCAAACGAUUCUGUUGUGAAGCAGAGCGCCGUCUCGGAAAUCACGGAGGACUCGACGAGAUCAAACAGUGUCCAUUCUUCCGUCGUAUCGACUGGAACCACAUUCGCGAGCGACCGCCGCCGAUCCGGGUUACUGUCAAAAGCAUUGACGACACUUCGAACUUUGAUGAUUUUCCUGAUGAGGAUCUUACUUGGCGUACGCGUCUUUGAUGUGACUUUUAGCUCAUUAAUAACUUUGCAGCCACUUCCACUCUGAUUCGUCCGGAGGAACAGCCCGGAAGACGCGGAGAGUUUGUUGAUUUCACGUACAAACGAUUCGACGGUCUGACUCAGAAAAUGCGUUACAGUGAUUUGAAGAAGGUUAGUUUUUAGAUUUGAGAUUACGUACAAGCAAAAAUCUAAACAAUUUCAGCAAGCAAAGAAACACAAGAAGAGCGGCCAAGGUCAGGGCACUUCAAGCUGA